AUGCAAAAUGAACUCCCAAAGCAGCAGAUGCAACACAAAGUUGUACGCGGUGGGAUAUUCAUGGUGAAGCACACAAACGCGCUACGCUCUCGAGCGGCGCACUCAGUCCUGGAUUCGUGGAGUUCCACUUUCCAGGAUCCAACUUACCGAGGCUCUGAGUUUUUAGAGCUUCAACAGCCUGACGGGCGGCCGCUACAGCCAUCGUACCUCAAUGGGGGACCUUGGCUUUCAACCUUCGGACACAGUAUUACUGAGUUCGCCCGCGUUUGCCGGUAUAUAACUGGCCACGCGCCCAUUGGAGCGUAUUACUGUCGCUUCAAGAUCAAUGAGCCUCAUGGCUGCACUUGCAGGGCUGCCUUGCAGUCUCGCCAGCAUAUCCUCUUUCGCUGUCGCGAUAGAUAUUCUGUACACUAUCCCCGUUUUCUCGGGGAUAUUGCAUUGUUUAUGAAGUACAACCCUACGGCGUUUGGCUUCAACCGAGACCCUUCGGGUGUCAGAUAA